AUGCCUGAGGACACGCCCCAAGAUACUGCCUCCAAGCAGCGCUGGCUCCCACUCACCAGUCCACCGACCAGUCCUGUCGCAUUGCCAAUGCGUCCCGCGCUCGCAGAGCUACCGGCUCUUCCGCUGAACCAGAGACCUCAGCCUACAGCUUCGAAGACACUGCCAGCAGAGGUCCCUGUUGUUGGUGCGAAUCAGCCCCUCACUCCUCCAUCUACACCUCCGAAACCAGAGAACAUCCGAGCUUCCGCCAGCGCAGACGGGAUUGAAGCUAUACUCUCAAUCAACGUAAACCUAGGCGCGAAGCCAUUCGGGAUGCCCGAACUUAAAGCGGAUCAGGCAUCAAAGAGGGAAGCUCUAGGACCGGACACGGCACCGAAGCCGUACACUGGGGAAUAUCAGUUGCGCGAGGAGCUAGGGCGUGGUGCUUGGAGCACCGUAUAUCGUGCUGUAGAAAAUGUCGAACCAUUGAAGCAAUUGACAAAUCUGCCACCAACUCCUCCAACAUCACCAACCGCUGGCGCGACUUCUUCGAGCAAGAAGGUGCUGGCAGUCAAGAAACCCUCCAGCCGCCAAGCGCACAAGAUUCUCGAGAAGGAAGCAAAGAUUCUCACUUACAUCCACUCCCACGCCAAUGCUUCAACUUAUCUCGUCCCAUUCCACGGCUUCGACUCGGCUCAGCAUUCCAUCAUGUUUGACGCCGUACCUCUCAGCCUCGAAACCCAUGCUAAAGCGGCCACCAGACGUCCGCUUUCGACAAAGACCAUGUUUGACCCUGUCGUCGGUGCAGAGGAAUGGGCCGGCCUCGCCGAGAGUCUGAUAGAUGGUCUCGCCUUUCUUCAUAGCGUGGGCUGUGUGCAUGGAGACAUCAAGCCAGCGAACAUCCUUCUUCGACCUGGAAGCAGCCGGGCCUUGACUCCUCUAUACUGUGAUUUCUCCUCCUCGCACACCAUCUCCAGCACGGGCGAGGAGCAGGAGGUUGAAGAAGUCAGCGCGGUCACAACAGAGUACUUAUCUCCCGAACUUCUCGAAGCAUUGUCCCCUCGUAACACCGACCGCGCCGUCGCAACAUAUGCUUCAGAUGUCUUUGCCCUGGGAGUAACACUGCUAUUCGCGGCUAUUGGCGACAGCCCUUACGCGGGUGCGCGCAUGGCGUCGCAAAAGCUCGGUAUGGCGAAAGAGGGAUUGCCGUUUGAGUUCGCCAGAAGGGGAGAACAAGCGAGUAGAGUCAUGAAGGGUAGGGCGGUGGAGAAAGCGUUGAAGGGCGCACUGGCGAGAGAGGCGGUGAAGAGGGCGGCGGUUGCGAAAUGGAGAGAUGAGAUCCGCGAGCCCCUGAAAAGCUGGGAAGAAGGCGGUUGGGCGAGGGGCGGAUGA